GGGUCGCAUCCCAGCCUCUUUUUUUAUAUUGUUUUUGGGAUUGUAAUAUUUAUUGCACCCUCUUUGCAAUAUAAAGCUUCUCCUCCAAUUCAAAAUAUGACACUUAUUCAUGCUUGGAAUAAUUUGGAAUAUGGCUUCGAUUGUCCUGAGGAUUACGAAUACGCUAUUCAAAGCAGGUCGUAUAUUGAAGAAGGAUUUAAACGACCUUAUGAUGUUGAUAUGGGAAUUGAUAGAAAUAACAAAGUGGUUAUUUUUAUCAGCACACCAAGAAUUGUAAAUGGAAUUCCUUACACUCUAGCUAAAGUUUCCAAUAAACGGGGCAAAUAUGGACCACUGUUGUUGCCUUAUCCGGACUUUGAAGCCCAUUCGGAACGUGAUAACCGAGAUUGCAAUAGGAUUAUAUCAGUUUUUCGUGUGUUUGUUGAUCCUUGUAAUCGUUUGUGGGCAAUUGACACGGGGCGUAACUUCUCUGCUAUGCCAUCACAAGUUUGUCCUCCUAAAAUAGUAGUUAUUGAUCUAAAGACCGAUACAAUUAUUUUCAAAUAUACCAUACCUAAGAACCAAUAUACCAACCAAACGGUUCACAAUGGAAUUAUUGUGAAUAUUUAUGAUCCUCCACCAAAAGGACGAUGCGAACAGGGAAAAGUUUAUAUAACCGAUGCUCGAGGAUUUUCAUUCUUGGUCUUUGAUGUGAAACUUCGACAAUCUUGGGUGAUUUUCAAUGACCUAUUCAAACCGGAUCCUGCUUAUUUGAAUACGACAAUCAAUGGGGAAACUUUUACCUUCCCAGAUGGACUAUACACAAGUACCCCGGAUUUGAAGAGGGGUCUAAUAUAUCUUCAUUCUCAUGCAUCGAGGAGUGAAUUAGCAGCAAAGCUCAAAGACGUCAAUAAUCGGGAAAUGUGGAAAAAUAGUCCUUCUGGUUAUCAGGAUGCUUUCAAAGUAAUUGGUACCCGCCGCACACAAUGUCCAGUACAAGCUUUGGAUUUCUGUGGAAAUAAUCUCUAUUUCUCUCAAUAUGAUCCAGUUUCAAUACAAUCCUGGAAUCCCGAUAAAAGCUAUGAACCGGCAAAUUUUAAAAUCCUCGUCGUGAACAAUCAAACGCUGCCAUUUGUAGCUGGUAUGAAAGUUGUAUAUGGUAGAGAUGGCAAGGAGUAUCUUUUGGUUAUGUCUAAUAAUUUACAGAAAUUGAAUACCGGUUCGAUUAGAUUGGAUGAAAUUAAUUUUAGAUGUUUGGUUUGCCUAACAAGUACCUUACAAUCUGGUAUAGGACCAUGUGUAAAAUUAUCUUCGUGCCUUCUAACUUCCAUCGGAGCCAAACAAAUUGAUAUUCGUUUCAUCCGACCACUAAACGUUAUUGUUUGUAAAGACUUCGAAUUGUUCCUGAAAAUGAUCUUAAUACUUCUCUUCAUCCCGGUGUCACUUAUUGGACUUACUUCUUCGAGUUUAGAAACUAUUGCCGAAUGGAAAAUUGUUGAUUUCGGUUUUCUUCAUUUGGAAGAAAUUAACUUGGCUCUUCGAAAUGGUCAGCUCGAUCAUAAAAAUGCCAAUCUCUUUGAUGUUGAUGUGGAUUAUGAUGUCAAUGGUGAACGUAGAAUUUUUGUGACCAUUCCUCGUUUGAAGGAGGGAAUUCCAUACUCCUUAGCUGUUGUUGAACCUAAACAGAGAUUCUACAAUCAAUCUUCUCCAUCGGAAAAGAUCAUUGGGGCGUACCCAAGUUAUUCGUGGCAUUCAAGCUACGGAAAUGAUUGCAAUGGUAUUACUUCUGCUAUCCGUGUUGCCAUUGAUCAGUGUCAUCGACUCUGGGUCCUGGACACUGGAACUAUUGAAUCAAGAUCUCUUUGUCCACCACAGAUAUUAGUUUUCGAUCUUGCCACCAAUACUCUUAUUCAUCGCCAUAGAUUACCACUUGUUGUCUACAGAAAAGAUGCCUCGAGGUUGGUUAAUUUAAUUGUGGACAUUUCUGAUCCAGCACCAAAUGGAUUAUGUUGGAAAGCUCUGGUCUUUAUAGCCGACACAGGCUUUCAUGGUUUGAUAGCCUACGAUGUCGCUAGCAAUCACACAUGGAGAAUCGAAAAUAAACUUAUGUUUCCUGAUCCAGAUUUCGGAACGUUUUCAAUAGCUGGGGAAAAAGUGGACAUAAUGGAUGGCAUUGUUGGAAUGUCAAUUACUCCACGACAUUUUAGAGGAGAACGUUUCUUUUACUUUAGCAGUUUGUCAAGUGAAAUCGAGAGUGUAGUUCCUCUAAGAAUACUUUUAAAUCAAACCAUAUGGAAUAAACACAUAAAGGUUCCGAGAGAGUUCUUUCCAAUCGGCCAAAGAGGAGUUCAGUGCUCGAAUCAAGCCAUGGAUAGCAAGGGGAAUAUCUAUUGUGUAACGAUGGAUGAAGUGUCUUUAAUCAGUUGGAGCAUUCGAGAUCCUUAUGCAUAUCAUUAUUUUAAUGUUUUGGCUAAUGAUGUUGAACAACUACAAUUUGCAACUGGAAUCAAAGUUGUUCGCAAUGCAUUCGGCAAGGAAGAAUUGUGGAUUUUAACUUCAAGAUAUCAGAAAGCCUUGACUAGAACUCGAAAUUUCAAUGAGGUGAAUUUUAGAAUAAUUACUUGCGAAAUAGAGCAUUUGCAAGAUAGGACAAGUAUUUGUGGUCUACGAAAAACUACAAGAUAA